CCUUAGCAGACUAGUUAUUUAUCACACCUGUCCAGGUAUAAUUUUCUAUACUGCGUGCAGGUGUGCAAUAUUUAUGCAAAUAAAUAUUUAUUUCUCUUCUUUUAGAAGAGGUCUUGUAAAACACCUUGGGUGGCAGCAUUGCUCUUAUUAAUAGAGCCUAAGCUAUAUGUUGAAUUUGUAAAUAUCUAAAAAAAAAAAAGAUUCUUUAGUGAAACCGUUUUACUGAGACCUUGUGGACACUGUGAAGGUUCAUUAGAUCUUAUUAGACCUUGGUAAGGCAUUCGAAAGUGAAAAAGACGUGGGAAAAAUAAUAUAAACUGAAAAUACCCACAAAGCAGUGAUAAAAUGGCAACAAGGAUGGAGAAUGCUGGCCCAGCUGUCAUGGGGUUGAACACACACAACAGGCAGUUUGUAGGACAGCCUAAAGCCCCUUCUCAAUUAGGACCCCAAACUGCAAGUCCUCAGCCCAUGGGGACCCAGAAACCUGAAACCAAUGCAUUUCAGGAAGGACCUGGCAUCAGGUUUGGUGACGACUGGAAAAGAAGCCUACAGCUUCCCUCUAAGGACAAUAGAGUCAAAACUUCCGAUGUGACUGCAACCAAAGGAAAUGAGUUUGAGGACUACUGCUUGAAGAGAGAGCUGCUGAUGGGCAUUUUUGAGAUGGGUUGGGAAAAGCCCUCCCCCAUUCAGGAGGAGAGUAUUCCUAUUGCCCUCUCUGGACGUGAUAUACUGGCUCGUGCCAAAAACGGGACAGGAAAGAGUGGUGCAUACCUGAUCCCCCUACUGGAGAGAAUUGACAUGAAAAAGGAUCAUAUUCAGGCCAUCGUGAUGGUUCCCACUCGUGAACUAGCUCUGCAGGUCAGUCAGAUCAGUAUUCAGAUCAGCAAACACCUGGGCGGUGUCAAAGUCAUGGCAACCACAGGUGGUACAAACCUUCGAGAUGAUAUUAUGCGCCUGGAUGAGACAGUUCAUGUUGUUAUAGCAACACCUGGCAGAAUUUUGGACUUGAUAAAAAAGGGCAUAGCCAAAGUGGAUAAAGUUCAGAUGAUGGUUAUGGAUGAGGCUGAUAAGCUGCUCUCUCGGGACUUUGUGGUUCUCAUUGAGGACAUCAUUGGUUUCCUUGCGAAGAACAGACAGAUACUGCUCUAUUCGGCCACGUUCCCCAUCAGCGUACAGACAUUCAUGGCAAAGCACCUGCAGAAGCCCUAUGAGAUUAAUCUGAUGGAGGAACUGACCCUAAAGGGCAUUACCCAGUACUAUGCUUACGUCACAGAAAGACAGAAAGUCCACUGCCUCAACACACUGUUCUCCAGGUUGCAAAUCAAUCAGUCCAUCAUCUUCUGUAACUCUACUCAGCGAGUGGAGCUUUUGGCCAAGAAGAUCACGCAGCUGGGCUACUCCUGCUUCUACAUUCAUGCAAAGAUGAUGCAGGAAUACAGAAACCGUGUUUUCCACGACUUCAGAAAUGGACUCUGCAGGAACCUUGUUUGCACAGAUUUAUUCACUAGAGGCAUUGACAUCCAGGCAGUAAAUGUGGUCAUCAACUUUGACUUCCCCAGGAAUGCAGAAACGUAUCUGCACCGCAUAGGACGCUCAGGAAGGUAUGGACAUCUGGGUUUGGCAAUCAAUCUCAUUACUGCUGAGGAUCGUUUUAACCUGAAGACCAUUGAGGACCAGCUGGUGACGGACAUAAAGCCCAUUCCCGGCAGCAUCGAUAAGAGCCUGUAUGUGGCAGAGUUUCACUCGGUGGACCCUGACUGUGAGGAUGAAGCAGAAGCAGAGGCGGAAGCGGAGGUGUUUAAGCCUGCCAGAGGGUCUGACGCCCUUUAGGGAGCAACAUUAGAGAGCAGAGAUCAUUGGAGUGACUUUACCAUCUGCUCUUUCUAGGACAGUUGGAGAAAUUGAACCUGACUUUUGCACAAACAUCUCCUAUUGCACAAACCAGUUACUACUCGGCUCAUAUAUUUCCUCAUCUUUUCCACCUCCACAGUAUUUUUUUUUUUUUUUUUUUUUUUGUCCCUGCUUAUGUUUUGCUCUUUUGUUUGCAUUCAUUGUUCAUUUUUGGGGAGUUAUGCCUCUUUAUAAAUGACACAUUCCAUUUGAGACUUGCAAUAAUAAAAACAAAGCAUUCAGAGAACCGUUCCUGUUUGAUAGAAAACUGUAUUGGUGAAAAUGGAGCAUAGCAUGCUUGCAUCAUUAGUUGAGAAUUUAUACUCAAACCCUACAACAAAACUUGUUUAACCCAAGUGCCUUAAUAUAUAUCGUCUCUGUCUUAGACUGAUAUAUGUCAUUGCUAUGUUGAAGUAUUCCCAAAGACUAAACCGCAGGGUUUUGCAGCACAUCGGUGCUACCUGAUUCUGUGAAAGAAUCAUUGGUAUUGAUUUACUUCUAACAUGAGAAACCUUUUCAAAUUAUUUUCAUAUUCAGUCUGAGGCAGCUGUAGAAACCAGCAUCCAUUAAAAUAUUGCAGAGCUCAGGAUUGAGGUGUCAACACUAACAUUGCACUAAACUGCCUGAGAAAAAAAACAUCUUUUGCAUUAAUAUUGGUGCUUUUUGAAGUUUCAUUGGCAGUCAUUGACAAAUGGUUGACAGUAUUGUACAUUGGAAAUCAUUAAGAAACUUGGAGGUAAAUUAUGAUUUUUAAACAGGUAGACAAUUUGAGGAAAUUUUUGUAUCUUUUGAUAUUAUUUUUAUAUGAUUUUGAAACUACUACAUAAGCUAUUCCUAAUUUAAAUGGGCAUGCCAAAACUGGCAUAAUGUAAAAGAUGUCAGACUACUACAUGAAAGCUGAUUUAAGUCACCACAAAUGAUGUUAAAAAUCAAAUCCUCACAUUUGAAUGCACCAAUACGUCAAAUAUUUGUCAAAAGGG